UACAUUUUGUUCUGUGUGCGCCUGGUUUUCGGAUUUUGGUGUUAUUUUGUGCGUGUUUCGUUUUAUUAUUUUAAUAAUAUCAAUUUCUGUAUCUAUCCCUGUAUCCCUUUAUUGUAUUAACCAAUUGGACGCUCAUUGAUAAAGACAUGCGACUAGUAAUAACUGGUUCCAGUAUUUUCUAUUAUUGACGAUCUGAAGUGUCCCUACGUAAUUCUUGUUGGAUAGUCCUACACCUGCUAAAUAAUGGCUGAAAAGGCGUCGGGUGCGAGUGGUACUAACCAGCCUAUUGUGAAAAUAGGUCACUACACCUUAGGAGCAACUCUUGGAGUAGGAACCUUUGGCAAAGUGAAGAUUGGGGAGCAUCAAUUGACCAAGCAUAAAGUGGCAGUGAAAAUUCUAAAUAGGCAAAAAAUUAAGUCCCUGGAUGUAGUAGGAAAGAUCAGACGAGAGAUACAGAACCUAAAACUCUUCCGUCAUCCCCAUAUCAUCAAGCUGUAUCAGGUGAUAUCAACCCCAACAGAUAUCUUCAUGAUUAUGGAAUAUGUUUCUGGCGGAGAGCUGUUUGAGUAUAUUGUGAAGCGAGGCAAGCUGCACGAGCAUGAGGCUCGCCGGUUCUUCCAGCAGAUCAUAUCUGGAGUGGACUACUGCCACCGCCACAUGAUCGUCCACCGGGAUCUGAAGCCGGAGAAUCUACUGUUGGAUCACAACAUGCAUGUGAAGAUUGCAGACUUUGGAUUGUCCAAUAUGAUGAUGGAUGGUGAAUUCUUGAGAACUUCCUGCGGGUCGCCCAACUAUGCUGCUCCUGAGGUGAUAUCAGGCAAGCUGUAUGCCGGCCCCGAGGUGGAUGUCUGGUCCUGCGGAGUCAUCCUUUAUGCACUACUCUGUGGAACUUUACCGUUUGAUGACGAGCAUGUGCCAACCCUGUUCCGCAAGAUCAAAUCCGGAAUAUUCCCAAUACCGGAAUACCUGAACAAGAGUGUUGUGAGUCUUCUCUGCACGAUGCUGCAAGUGGACCCGAUGAAGAGAGCCAGCAUCGAGGAUGUGAAGAAGCAUGAGUGGUUCCAGAAGGAUUUACCUGGUUACUUGUUUCCUUCGCCCGUUGAGCAGGUAGACAGUAGCGUGAUAGACACGGAAGCGAUAUCCGAGGUCUGUGAGAAGUUUGGCGUGAAGGAACAUGAGGUUCACAACGCACUGCUAAGCGGAGACCCCCACGAUCAGCUGGCUAUAGCCUACCACCUGAUUAUUGAUAACAAGAGGAUAGCUGACGAGGCUGCUAAAGCUGAGAUUAAGGACUUUUAUGUUGCCAGCAACUCCCCCCCCGCGCCGGCGCUGUCAGAAGCCCAUAAGCCGCACCCGGAGCGCAUCGCGCCCCUCCGCGAGCAGCCGCCGCCCGCCGACCGCGCGCCCAUGCGAGGGACGCCGGUCAAGAGAGCGAAAUGGCACCUCGGCAUCCGUUCACAGAGCAAGCCGAACGACAUCAUGCUGGAGGUAUUCCGGGCUAUGAAGGCGCUGGACUACGAGUGGAAGGUCAUCAACCCCUACCAUGUCAGAGUGCGAACGCUCAACAAAAUGACCGAAAAAUACGUGAAAAUGUCGCUCCAGCUCUACCAAGUGGACUACAAGUCUUACCUUCUAGACUUCAAGUCUCUUUCUGGAGAGAAGGAGGACAGUGAUGACGAGGCCACGUCGCCGCUAGCGCCGCCGCCCCCCAUGGCCCCGCCCGCCGCCGGCCCGCCCCAGCCCCAGGGCCAUCACACCAUGGAGUUCUUCGAAAUGUGUGCAGCACUUAUCAUUCAGCUGGCUAGGUAAUUUUUGGUUAGGGUUGCCAUAGGGAAAAAGAUUGGCGAUUGGUACUAUUGUGAAGUUUAUUAGGUAACUUUUUUUGGAUUUGAUCGGAGUUUUGUAAGCGUAAAUUAUGGUAUCAAAAAUAUGGAAUCGUUUGCUGACUAGAUUAUUUAACGGGUUGUAAGUAAAUGGACCGAUUAGUAAGAGGUAGGAACUCUGUAUUAGAAGUGUGCCAAUAGUGUUUUGGUAAAAAUAAUUCAUGUGGCGGUGGUUUAAAGAUAAUGAUAGGAUCAAUUAACAACAGCCCCAACUACGAAAUUAGUGUUCAAAAUGGAAUAUACUUUACAAAUUAACAAAUAUUAAAUGAGUAAGUUUAAGAAAACAAGAGAGAUCGGAUGCUUAGUAAUUAAGGUAAAAUAUGGCUUCCUAAUAUAAAAUAUCAAAUUUAAUAUAGGACCAUUGCUUUCAAAAUAAAAUUAUUGUUAGGUAAA